CACAUGCACAUGUAUACGAGGCUCGGAUGCGCACGGCUGGCGCCUUCUAUCAUAACUCGGAAAUACUUAAUAACGUAUAUAGAUUGUCGAUUGCAGCAACGACUUGCAGUGCGCCUAGGCAUUCUUGUCAUAACGUACGUUACUGAUAUUGGCGCGACUCCGAAAGCUCGAGAGUCGAGCGCGUGCACCUCACACGCUCCGUCAUCCCACCCCCUCGCACGAUCCGACCUAUUUUUUCCCUCCUUUUGUACAGCAGUAAUUGAGCUCUGCGUGUACCUUCAACCCUCGUUGCCUGCACACAGUCGAUCCCCCCGCACUAGUGUUUUUACAGCUCUGGAGGCUCGGCGAAAAGUGGAUCAAGUGUCGUGAACGCGAGAAGCGCGCGCGAAAUCGCGUGAGAACGUGAUGAAUGAUAAUAUGAUAAGGCGACGAGGGGUGCGCUGCUUAUGCACGUAACAGGUAUAUUAUAUGCCUGUAUAGGUAUAACCCCCGCCAAGCAGCAUUUCGGGUAAAGCCGUGAAAGCGUUGUACUUAAAUUAUCCUUCUUUCGAAUAAUCGCAUACCAAUUGCAGAUCGCGCUCGCUUUAUAGAGCGCCGUGGGAUCGAGAUUCGUCGUGCGUCUUGUGGAGAAUAUUAGCGAUAGGUACUUGUGCUCGGCAUAGUGUGCGUUUCGCGCUGACGACUAACUCGACUCAUAUCAAACGUCUAUACAUAAACAUAGUGAUACACGUGUGUUCUGAACUAAUAGACUGAACCAAAAGCAACGAACGACAAAAAAUGGCUGAAAAUCUUGGAAAACGACCCUCGAAAGGAAUUCUCAAGACAUCCAGUAGCUUUGAUAAUCAAGAGGCUCCCAGAGCAUCAAAAGAAACAAAAUGGGAUGAAAUGAACAUUAUUGCUACAUUGCAUCCUGCUGACAAAGAUUAUGGCCACAUGAAAAUUGAGGAGCCCAAAACACCUUUUAAUUUUGAGGGUGUUGAAAAUGAAGGAGACUUCAUAGAUUCUUCUGCUGUAGCAUCAAAACUAGAAAAAAAUGUACAGCCAAGAAUUUUUGAAGAAUCCAGUGAAGAAGAAGAAGAGGAAGAUACUCCAGAAGAGAAAGAAAGGAAAAAGGCUUUUGAAGCUAAAAGAAAAGGUCACUACAGAGAGUGGGAAGCAGUUCAGCUUGCUCGUAAAAAACUCCUAGAAGAAGAUGAAGACAAAGACGAUGAUGAUGAAGAUGAUGAUAAAGAUGAGGAUGAAGAUGGCAAUGAUGAAGAAGAUGAGCAAAAUGAAGAAGAAAAAGUAGACACCAAAGAUCAAAAUAACACAGAAAAGUGCGUGCCAUCCAGUGACAAUGUAGUAAAAACAGGAUGAAAUAAGUUUUAAUUAUGCAAAAAUUAAUUAUGCUUAGGCUAACCUAAGUUAUCCAACCCGGGCAAAACAUGAAAUGACCAUUUUAAGUAUUUGAAAGGUUCUGAAAUAUUCUAUUGCUCUAUUGUGCUAAUUGAAAACCUUGAAUUUUGAAAUAUUUUUAAAGGUGUUCAACAAUAUGUUGAUUGUUUAAAUUGUUCAAAAACUUUAAAAUCAAUUUCUAUUUUUGCCCUUGGUUCAAUUUAAUGCAAAGAAUCAGAUUCUAAAUAAUUUGUAUUUUUUUUAACAUCAGAAUGCUCUAUAAUCCUUACAUAAUUUCUUUGUGAUUUUUUGAUCAAUGUACAUACUUUCAUUGUGCUUCAAAUUAUUAUUACUGCUUCAAAUUUUGACAAUAUCAUGGAGAUUCUAAAGAGAACAUUGAAAUGUGCACUUUUUCUAAAAAAAUUCACGUUUUGCUGCCAAAUGGUGCCAAAAUCGAUUUUGAUCUUUUAAUUUUUAAAGAUUUCAUAAUUUCUCAAUGAUUUUCGGAUAAUUUUUCCAUAAAAUUUGAAAAUAUUAAUAAAUCACAAACAUUAACUAGUGAUAUUGUUAUAUUUUUAGUUCUUCAAAAUUGUUAGUGAAAUGAGAUUUAUAUUUUGAUAGAACUAGAUGUGACCUGCACCAUAUUUUGAAUUAAAAAAAAUAUGGCUUUCAGUUUACUUACAAUAAAUAUGAAAAAUCAGAGUUGCAUCAAUAGGAAUACACUAUAAGUAUGAUAAUUUAAAAAAUCUGUAGAAAUUUCGUCCAAAGCUACAAAAGGUUAUAGGAACCUUCAUCGAUAUCUUCCAAAAGUAAUAAACAGGAAACACCAAGCUUAUUUAAU